AUGCCUCAGCGACUGGAGCAUAAACACUCACCUUUCCCUGAACUGGGGGCAGAUGGAUGGGGCCGCAGGGGGGUAGAAGGAGGUGAGGGAGGGGGGAGGCUGCUGGACUCUCUCCCCCCUCGCUGCUCUCCCGUCUGUGGGGUCAAAGAGGUGCUCAUAAACGCUGCCACUUCACACAGAGAACAGGUGUCUCUCUGCUGGACCUCUAUCACACACAAAAACAAACUCAGAAAGGGCCGAAGUCAGGGAGACGGAAUGGAGUGGAGAGAAAACGGCAGACACGGAACAUGCAAAAUCUAG